UAACAGUUUAUAUGUAAAGAAGUCAUAGAUUUGAUUGCAUUUGUAUUGCAAACAAUUGACUGUAUUUUACGAGUCAUUGAUCACCGGAACAGUUGUCUCGACAGCAAUGCACGGAAGAGUGAAAGUGAAGACAGAUUUGCAGAAACAGUUGGAGAAGAAGAAGGAAAAGGAGGAGAAGUGUCGCCAAUAUGUGGCCCUUCAAGAAGUGGUCUUCGGCAGAAGAGCUCGACGUGAAUAUGACAGCGAAUCGCUGGCAACGAGCGCUCAAUUGGUUUCAGUUAAUCCCGACUUCUAUACGAGAGCUCGACGUGAAUAUGACAGCGAAUCGCUGGCAACGAGCGCUCAAUUGGUUUCAGUUAAUCCCGACUUCUAUACGGUUUGGAACUUCAGACGAGAGAUCAUUAACCACAUGAAGGAUCAGAUGAAAGACACGGCCGAUAGCGAGGCCUUUGAGAAGAUUCUCCGCAAUGAACUGCAACUGACAGAGAACUGUCUGAAAGUGAAUUACAAGUCUUACUGUGUUUGGCAUCAGAGGCAAUGGAUUAUCGGCAAUAUGACAGAUCCUGACCUCAAGAACGAAAUAUCACUUUGCAAUCAAUUGCUUCAAUUGGAUGAAAGAAACUUUCACUGUUGGGAUUACCGGACAUUUGUGUCUAAAUUGGCAAAAGCUAGCGAAGAAGAGGGCCUCGAGUUUACGUUACAUAAGAUUGAGCAGAACUUCUCGAACUUCAGUUCCUGGUAUCACCGGAGCUGUCUGUUCAGGUCAGCCGUGGCCAGUGAUGACGGCUAUGACUUUAGCCAACAGUGGAAACAGGAGUACGAUUUGGUAGAGAACGCCAUAUUCACGGACCCGACCGACCAGUCCGCCUGGUUUUACCACAAAUGGCUUGUUUCCACCAAUUAUGGACACAAUAUUCUUAAUGCAAAACAAUUGGGUUACGAAAAUGUGGUCAAAAUUAAUAGAGUUGUUUUGAAUACAACUCACGCUUUACUUGUUGUGAGUCUUUCCCGUCCUCUCAAACACAAGCCUUUGAUAUCUGUUGUGAUAAACAAUCAAAUGGUGACUAAUUCUGACUGGAAUUCUCCUAAUGAUGUCGACUCUAAUGUAUGGUUCAUUCAUUUGGAUACCAUUCCGAUCACUCAAUUCAAUGGACUCACUAUUAGUCCGAUUCCCACGUUUGCCGUAAACUCAGAAUCCGUUGAAUUGCUUGAUAUAAAAGUCGAUGACAUGAAUAAUACAACUGAAAAAGUGUUUGUUUGGGAGCGAAAGUCACACAAUUUGGACCAACAGUCGACUUUAGAGGAGAGUUAUCUGAAAACGUUACGCGAAUUACAGAAAUUAGAGCCAAACAAUAAGUGUUAG